AUGCACGUCGAGUCUAUCCCCAUGCGCUGGGGACGAGGCGACAACUAUGCGUAUGUUAUUGUGGAUGAUGCGACCAAAGAGGCGACGAUAGUUGACCCUGCUCAGCCCAAAGAGGUGCUUCCCCGACUGCAAGAUCUAGAGAAGCAAGGAGUCAAGCUGGUGUCCAUCACAAACACUCACCACCACUACGAUCACAGCGACGGCAAUGAAGAGCUCGAGAAUAUCUACAGAGUGCCAAUUGUUGCUGGAAAGGACUCGCCGCUGGUUUCGGUGACUCCCGCUGACAGGCACACUUACAAGAUUGGAGAGAAUCUGGAGGUAACUGCGAUUCACACUCCUUGCCACACUCAAGACUCGAUCUGCUACUAUGUGCGGGACUUGAAAACGCAGCAGAAGGCGGUUUUCACUGGUGACACCCUCUUCAAUGCCGGUUGCGGCAGGUUCUUCGAAGGCACCGCGGAGGAAAUGUACAAGUCUCUUGGAUCGCUUGCGAAACUGCCCAAAGAGACCAAAGUCUAUUCCGGUCACGAAUAUACCAAGUCGAACGCCAAAUUCGCUCAGACUAUCUUGAAGACCAAAGCGGUUCGUGAUCUGGUGGAGUUUUGUGAGAAAAAUGUCCACACAACCGGUGUAUUCACUAUCGGUGACGAGCUAAAUCAUAAUCCGUUCAUGCUGGUCAACGACACCCAGCUCCAGAAGAGUUUGGGGGCGUCGGACGCCGUCGCGGCCAUGGCAAAACUUCGUGAACUGAAAAACAACUUUUAG